UUAUAUUCUGUUUUACAUUUGACGAAUUGAUUCAGCACUCUUUUGUGUCACUGACUGAAGCUUUAUUGUUGACAAAUAUUUCAAUUUAGAUUGAGAACUAACCCAUAAUAAUGCUUUGUAUCAGACAAAUGAUGGGGUAAGAGGAUAAAAAGAAGCUAUAAGCAUUCUCUCUACCCCUGCCCUUUGGGCUAACUGAUGUUUCCAUAAGCUUGAGAUUAAUACAAUAUCAAUCACCACCCCGAGGGUGGUGACUUGGUGGCAAGGUGCCUACUCCCAAGUGGUUUGGUGGAGAGGAGGUCAUGAGUUUAGUUUAAGUCUCACAGGCGUCAAUUGGGGGCACGAGACUCAUGCCCAUUAAUACUGUUGUAUGCAGAUGGUUGCUUAAUAGUUACUGUCAAGAUUUAGCUUUGCUAUUCUUACUGAUUCUUGAGACUUGUUUGGUUUUUUAGCUCCUCUCAAGCGCAUAAGCAGUUGGUCUUUUGAUGAGAAACUCUUCUUACAGUCACUUUUCAAGUUUGUCCCGUGGGUUGAGUAUCUUCCAGGAGGGAAGAACGGGUAGGAAAGAUUCCCUAAAACUAGAGACAAAUGCUGAAUCUUCCAAGGACUCCGAUGGGGAAGAGAUAAUUGGGUCAAAGCCUGAUGCAAACAAAAACGAGACAGAGAAAUCGGUUCCUUCAGCAAAGAAAGAUAGUGAGAAUUCACCGCCAUCAAAGCCGGAAGUUCCUCCCGACAACGAAUUUGAGAAACGCAUAAGGCCAGAGGUUAUUCCUGCAAUCGAGAUUGGAGUAACAUUUGCAGAUAUCGGUGCCUUGGAUGAGAUUAAAGAAUCACUUCAAGAGCCGGUCAUGCUCCCGCUUCGAAGACCAGACCUCUUCAAUGGGGGACUUCUUAAGCUUUGUAGGGGUAUAUUGCUUUUUGGACCUCCGGGUACUGGGAAAACAAUGCUGGCAAAGGCCAUUGCCAAUGAGGCCGGAGCAAGCUUCAUCAACGUCUCGAUGUUGACCAUCACUUCAAAAUGGUUUAGAGAAGAUGAAAAGAAUGUCCGAGCUUUGUUCACACUCGCAGCAAAGGUUUCUCCAACUAUUAUUUUUUUAGAUGAGGUCGAUAGCAUGCUCGGGCAAAGGACAAGAGUUGGGGAGCACGAAGCUAUGCGGAAGAUUAAGAAUGAGUUCAUGACACAUUGGGAUGGGCUGUUGACAAAACCGGGUGAGCGGAUUCUUGUUCUUGCCGCGACAAACAGGCCAUUUGACCUUGACGAAGCCAUUAUUAGUCGGUUUGAGUGCAGAAUUAUGGUUGGUCUCCCAUCCGUGGAGAGCAGGGAAAUGAUCCUGAGGACGCUUUUGGGAAAGGAAAAAGUAGAAAAUCUAGACUUCAAGGAGCUUGCAGCCAUGACAGAAGGAUAUAGCGGAAGCCAUCUUAAGAAUUUGUGCAUCACAGCAGCGUAUCGACCCGUUAGGGAGCUAAUACAAAAGGAGAGACUAAAGGAUGUGAAAAAUAAGGAAAGAGUUGAUGAACAGAAAAAAGAAGGAAAGAGUUGAUGAACAGAAAAAGUAGGAAAGAGUUGAUGAAGGGCAGAGCUCUGAAGAUGCUUCAGAUACGAAAGAAGAAGGUAAAGAGGAAAGGUUAAUUGUUCUGAGGCCAUUAAACAUGGAAGACAUGAGGCAGUACAAGUUUUUUGUUGAUGGAGAAUGGCGGCAUGAUGAGCACCAACCAUUUGUAAGUGGAAAUUAUGGGGUGGUGAACAUUGUCUUCUUAGCUAGGGAGCCUGAUGUGAUUCCUGCAAUUUAUACUCCAGAGACACCUGGUAGAUCUAGUAUGGAUGUGGAUAAUGAUCCAUUUUUUCAUUUUUUGGGAGCAAAUUAUCUUACAAAAGCUUUUGUAAUACAAGUUGGUCUAGUUGAUAAGAACAAGGCUAUGUGUGACUUUUGGUUGGUGUUGAUUUCUACUGCCAUAGGACUGCUAAUUUUUUGGUUGAGAAUUGUGAAUUUAAUUUUUGAAUAUGUUAUUUUGUGGAUAAUGAUGAUUGGAUAUUAAAUUGUAUGGGAAAGUGAAUUAA